AGCUUGCGGGGCUGCUGCUAGCUAGCCUAGCCGUGCUACCCAGCAGCAGUGACAUGCUUUUAAAUAGAAAUGCUAUUCCAACGGGGCACAUCGUCUCAUCGGCUAGGCUAGCUUGUCGGGGUGGGAAAAGCAACCGGCCGCUAGCGGAGAUUCCCGUUAUCGUUCUGCGUCCUGCUCCUAGACACUAAACAUUUCCCCAAAGGACGUAGGAAAGAGGUGGUCAUCCGCAAUCAGGUCUGCAGAGAAGUAUCAGAGCCCUUGAAGUUGUCAGCUUUGAUGCAGUACAGUGUACUGACUGCAAGAUGACGGAAGAGGUGAUUGUCAUCGCCAAGUUCGACUACACGGCCCAGCAGGACCAGGAGCUGGACAUAAAGAAAAACGAGCGCCUCUGGCUCCUCGACGACUCCAAAUCCUGGUGGAGGGUCCGAAAUGCCACCAACAAAACGGGCUUCGUGCCGUCCAACUACGUGGAGAGGAAAAACAGUGCCAGGAAGGCUUCCAUUGUCAAGAAUCUGAAAGACACGCUCGGAAUCGGGAAGGUGAAGAGCCGAAAGACGGGGACGAGGGACACGGCGUCCAACGCCGACCCCGACGCGGGCACGGACAACGGGGAGCGGCUGUACGACCUCAACCUGCCCGCCCUGGUCAAGUUCAGCUACACUGCGGAGCGCGAGGACGAGCUGUCCCUGGUGAAGGGCACGCGGGUCGUGGUGAUGGAGAAGUGCAGCGACGGCUGGUGGCGCGGCAGCUACAGCGGGCGGUCCGGCUGGUUUCCGUCCAACUACGUGACUGAGGACAUGGACGGGACGGCGGGCGGGGGGUUGGGCCCGGGCGGGCUCGGGGACCCGGCCGGCUCGCUCACGGAGAAGCUGGCGGCCGUGGUGAACAGCACGGCCAACGGGAACCGGGUGCUGCACACGGUGCAGGCGCUCUACCCCUUCAGCUCGGGCAACGACGAGGAGCUGAACUUUGAGAAAGGCGAGGUGAUGGAGGUGGUGGAGAAGCCCGAGAACGACCCCGAGUGGUGGAAGUGUCGCAAGGCGGACGGACAGCUGGGCUUGGUGCCCAAAAACUACGUCACCGUGCUGGACUCCGCCGCCCACAGGUCGGCGGCGGGCCCCGCCGGGCCCCCCACCCCCGACUGCGACUACAUCUCUCCCUCGAGCGUCGGCCGCUUCGCGGGGAAAGAGUGGUACUACGGCAAGGUGACGCGCCACCAGGCGGAGGUGGCCCUCAACCAGAGAGGCGUGGAGGGGGACUUCCUCAUCCGGGACAGCGAGUCAUCGCCGAAUGACUUCUCCAUCUCCCUGAAGGCACAGAGUAAGAACAAGCACUUCAAGGUGCAGAUGAAAGAGAACCUUUACUGCAUUGGACAGCGCAAGUUCAACUCUAUGGAAGAGCUUGUUGAACACUACAAAAAGGCCCCCAUCUUUACCAGCGAGCAGGGAGACAAACUGUACCUGAUCAAGGCCCUGGCUGCCUCCUGAUCCCUCUCUGUUACACACACACAUCUAUACAUCUUCAUCUACAACAACUUCAUCCCUAUAUAUACGUUCAGAUACUUAAGCCAGAACACACACACACACACACUAACAUUUAAACUCCAAGCCUGAGGACUUCAACACAUCAUCAGGACUUAAAUGCCCGACUGGGGAGCAUUCCAAGAGGAGGUAUGGAACAAGUAUGGGAGAAGCGCAGAGGGAUGGAAGUGGGAGACACACAGACUAUGGACUCCAGAGAGUUGACUACAGACUUCUCGUUGCCUAUUUUAAAUUAUCCAGAUGUGUUAGGUCAUAGGCGAUGCCAUUUAUUUCCACCUCGAUAUCUAUUAGAGUUGCCUUUUUAGUUUCCUUUUUGUUUUUGUCGAUAAUAUAUAAUCUUUUUUUAACAUUUUCUUUUUAAAAAUGUGAUGACUUUUAACUGUUUCCACUUCACAACAACCACCCGUUCUUCGGAUGAGGUCGACAUUUCAAACUAGUUUAUUUUUUUGUUUUUUUUGUCUGUCUUAAUCUUUUCUUCACGGUUGAGGACGCGCUAAUCCGCAACUUCUGCAAACUGCUAAUCAUGAAUAAAAACUUAAGUGACCAAAAUAUAUUUAUUGAUAUUUCUGUUAGGAUCACAGUGGUAGAGAUCGCAGCAUCACACUCGCACGCCGUCUGUCGCCCAUUUGGAGGAUCCGACCUGUGCAACUUUUUUUAUUUUAUUUUUGUACAACAGAACUGCUUGUCUCACAUAUUGCUGUAUCCGUGUCAUGUGAAUGUUACCGCGCCGAGCAGCGGCCCGCUUCGCACGCAUCAGGAAAGUGUCCCCGCACAGAGGUCAUGUGAAGAUUCAGAAAGUCCCCCGUCCGUCCCCCCCCGUCCCAACCAGUCCCCCCGCUGUCACCGCUCUUGAAGUAGUGAUCACUGGCGGGAAUGAAUGAGUUGAACUGAAGGAAAAAGAGAUGCUAGAUAUUAUCUGUAAUGUCUGUGCUUUUAUCUCCAUGGUCAAUACGUCUUAAGAAGUCUCCUAGGUUGUUUUUUUUUGGGGGGGGGGUCUGUCUCUGUUGCCCCCAAAUGUACGGUCAAUGUCAUGUUAGAACGUACGGCGCCUGAGCGCGUUGAGCGGGACACAUGGUUUGUAUUUGCGGAGUGAAAAUGGACCAAGUGGUGUUUUGAAUGUUGGGAGACGAUGCUCGCGAUGAUGACUUCUCCAGCCCGGGCCAGUUGGACCCGAGUGCAGAGACGGGAGGACGGGGGGGGGGGGACGAGGUGGGGUUUUAUUGUGGAGGAAUGGAAAAAUUGACCUUUUUUUUUUUUUUUUUUUAAUCUUUUAAAGCAGUGAAGUGGGAUGUAGAGGAGAGACUGAGCGGAGGAUCUGGAUCACUGCUCCGAUGACUGAACCGAGCCGCUGCCAUCGCUUAUGCGUCAGCGUAGAAAAGCCGGAUGAUUUUGGGUGGGAGGGCUUGUAGCGUCUAAUCAAACCAAGCAUGAAAGUCAGCCAUGCAACAUGGGUGUGAACCUUUUGUUUUCUCUCCAUUUCCCAUGUGAUUGACGGAGGUUUUACAAGAGCGGUUUGUUUUCUCCAUAAAAGAUGAAUUAUAAAUAGUGCAACAAUUACCGUUUCAGUUUGAUUUAUGACUGUUUAAAAGAAAUGGCGAUUUCUGACAUGAAAUCUAACGUGUUGGGUAUUCCUUUCAUUUUCCGUUCUCCCCUUUUUUGGAUUUCUGUGUCAUCAGUCACCAAAUAACGUUUUGCGUCCUCUUUUUACUCACAACCCCUGACUGUUUCGCUGGUGCCGUUUCCUCAGCCGCUUUAUGCGAGGCGGUGUUUUGCCCACAGUGAUCGCCAACUGACACCGUUUUAUUUUCCUCCCUGACUUCCAGUUCUACGGUAAAACGACCCCGCAUUAAAGUGACGCGCGCCAACGCAACGUGCUCCAGUUUGAAGGAUUUAGGAGAGUUUAAUGUGCCUUCACAGCUUUCUGUCAACCAAAGGUUUAGCGCCCCCACUCCUCCACCCCUUUUUUUUUCUUCUUCCCCUCUUCAUUUCCUUUCUUCUUCACACCUCUCGUCACCACUGUGUGCUAUUUGGCUGAGGCUUCGCGCCUGAUCAGCGAGCGUUUGGUCCUUGUGGAGAAGACUUCCGGUCGGCAGAAAAGAUGUCAUUGUCUAACGUUUUCUUCUUUUUGGUCUGAUAAAAUGCCCAUUAGGCGAUGCUGUGUGUAGUUUCAAGUGACCUUACCUUUUGCUGAGAUCAUCGAGUGUAACUUAAGUGAACAGUGAAAGCCUACAUGUAUGUUCUAAAACAUGCGCUCAUGUUCAUUCAGGACCCCCCCCCCCCCCCCACCAGGUGUGAUGUAAUCAUGACCUGAAUCUCGCGUCAGAGCACCUCAAGUAACGGCAUCACAUAUCGUUUGUUGUGAAGAAACAGUCAUGGUUUCCCUGGAGAUGUUUUUUGUUUUAAUGAUGUCUAUGUAUUUCAUAUAAGACUAGUGUAAGACAUUCACUUUUGCAGUUUUGCCACACUUGCAUAUGUAAAGAAAGAAAUCCUCAAUACUUCUUACGUCUUACUUGAUAUUCAAACCCAGAACGACAGUAUCUCCCUGAAUGGAUAUUGUACCUGGGAUCUUUUUUCCUUUCACACCAAUGGAGGCUGCAUGAGCGGAGCCUUGUAGCUGUAAAGAAAUGGUUCUUAAAUCUGCUUAAACGGACACUGCAGUCGUGUGACGGAAAUUAUAGAGAUUGUCUAAAAACUAUUUUACCCGAUGGAGAACUGCAGAAAUAGUGUGUGAGAUGAUCUUGGAUCUCCAUGAAUUUUUUCGUGAUAAUAUACGGAACAAAUGAGCCGUGUUCAACUUUGGUGCUUUUGUGCUGCUUCUUGGUGUUUUGUCUCACAAAGCUUUGUUCUGUAUGCGAGAGAAGAAAACGGAUCCAUGCUGUGGAAUGAUAAAGGCAGUGCUGUGAAAUUGAAUGUCAUGCUCUUAAUACUGUUUUAUGGAGGGGAGAUUGUCUUCAGGUGUAAUAAUUUAGAAGAGUUUAUUAGAGUGUUCAAAAGACGUAAUAAACAGCAUAAAAAAGGA